AUGCUCAUGCCCGCAAAAAUAGUGCUUGUCACCUCUACGUACUCUGGAAUUGGGGCUGUCAAGUUUCACUUAUCUUCAGGUUUAUCAUCACAACUGAAUAAUGCCUUAGCUUCGGUAUCCCAACAACAACCGGCACUUCCUGUACAAAAUGCAUCUGCAGUGGCUGUCGAAAACAAAGCUGCUACAAGUAACGGUGUCGGCGGAACUGUGCCUGAUCUCACGCUGGCUUCGCUCCCGUGGCCAGUAUGCUCGCCAGUCAUGAAUGUACCACAUUUUGAUCUGGCAACUUAUCGCCUUGUCAAUCUUGAAGUUGCUCCUAGCCGGGAUGUGAAUGGAUUUGAUUUACCUCUUGCUGAUGUCACCACUCUUCGGUUUUUCUUCAACCUGGGA